UCUCUUAUCGUCGGAUUGUUGGCUGCACUGUGUGUCACAUUUUGUCGCAGUGUGGACAGUGUGUUGUUGCGUCAGGUUUAAAUUUAGGAAGUGGGUGUAACUUCGCUCGCCGUAUGAAUCCAAGAGAAUAACGCCCUAAGCUUAAUCAUGGCACAGAAUACGUCUAGUGCUGAACUCAUUACAUCUCCCUUGGAUAAUGUCUUUAGUUUUUUAGGUGGAUUACCCCAGGGCCACGAGAAAGCUCUAAAGCAAGCUCUAUACAAUGCCCUUGCCCUAUUUUUUCUGUUUGUUUGUUGCAUUGCGGGAGUGGCAUUGUUUUACGUUUUGGAACCUUUUAUCAAACCUUUAAUAUGGGCUCUUUUAUGUGGUUCCGUGCUGCAUCCUUUCAAGUAUUCCUUGUCUACCGCAAUGCAGGGAUGGAUUGAUUCAUUAUCAGCUUCGUCAACGCCAUUGAUAAUUGGCAUUGUUUUAGCACCUAUCAAGAUAGUUGAUAACUUAUCUGAAAUAAUUGGCGAUGUUACUGUUAAAUACAUAAAUUACAUUGUAGGAUUUUUUGCUAGCGUUUCAAUUUUGCUUUUUGUGUACUACUACACUCCAAGUUUUAUGGUAUGUCUGAUUCUUCGUCUUGGAUUCUUCGCUAGUCGAGCAGUUUCUUUUAUUAUAGGAUUAGUUAAUCAGUAUGUGGUUUUUGCAGCCAUUAUGGGAUACAUCGUAAUGGUGAAAAUGUCUUGGAAACGUGAGAUAGCACGACAGUUCUGUAUGAUGUCUUAUGGUGUUUGGCUUCUGGUUACGUGCUAUGUCUCGGGAUUUGCUGGUCCAUACAGAGUUGCAGUAUUUUUUACCAUAGUAUUGUUAUUACUUAUGGGUCUGGCUUAUCAAGUAAUGAGUGUGCACAGUGCAGUGAAGUCCAGAGGUCAUGGAGUCUCCGUUGUGGAAGCCAUGAAAUUAGCAUUGGAGAAUGUAACUACAGAAAAGGUACUAGGGAAGGCAGAAAGAGAAGAGAAAGAAGAUACUGAUGAACCUCAGCUCAAGACUGUGGAAGAAACUGUGGAAGAACUUGAAGAAAAAACUGAAGACUCAAAGAAGGAAUCAACUGAAGUUAAGGCAGAAGAAAUGGAUAUGUAUUCACCAAACCGGGAGCAAGAACACGUUCGAUUUUCAAAAGUGUCAGAUGUUAAUAAUAUGCGGAUGUUGCGAUACUUAAGAAGACUACAAUUCAGAGAAAGUCAUCCAUUGCAUAUGCAAGAGCAGAAGAAACCUUUCAUCACAAGUCAGACAUAUCUAUGUUUACUAGCCUGGGCUUGUUCUGCACUUAUUGUAUGGAGAUACAUUUCAUUCUUCUCAAUCAUCAUUCCACCCCUGUUCAUCAUCUACUUAGUUAAACGACUUGGUCACUAUUUUGGAGUGUGGGCUAUACUGAAAGACAAUAUAUACAUACUAUACAGCUCAGUUGAAAACUGGUGCAACGAGCGGCUAAAUGCUCUGUUUCCUGCUCCUGUGAUCGGCCUAUACAAGAUAUUUCUCAGGUGUAAUGAAAAACUUGUGGAAGCGAUUAAAAACCUAAUCGACACUGCUGCAAGCAUUACUGUAAUCCUGGCAUUAAUCAUAUUUUUGUGCUGUACUUCAGUUUUUCUUGCACUUCAGGUAUAUGCAGAAGGUAUAAAUCUGGUACAAAUAAUGGGUAGUGCUAUCAAUAAUACGUUAGUGAAGAAUUCGCAAUUGUCAGAACUCCUUCCUAAAGAUUGGGAACAACAGGUUGAUACUCUGGUGGACAAUGCGUAUGUGUAUGGACGUGAAGGCAUAUCAAAGCUGGUCAAAGGCUGGUUGAAGGAUGUGGAGCCCCAGAAAGGAGCCCAAUUGGAAAGCCAGUUUCUUGAACUGUGGGACAGGACAUACCAGGCAUGGAUGAGCUCUGGAACGGAAGCUUCAUUUGUUGGGCCAACUGUGUCAACUGGGGCAAUUACCAUGUCUUGGGAAAGUGUGAUGGACAGUGUUCAUAAGGUUCCAGAACUUUUCAAUCUUAGUGCACUUUUUACAUUUGCAAAAGAAAAUGUAGAAACUUUAAUUACACUUUUGGAGUCUAUAUGGACAAUACUGAAAGGCAACGUAUCACUUGCAUUCGACUCAUUUACUGCAUUGUUUGCAGUACUAUUUGGAGGUGGAACAGCUGUUAUAAACUUCUUUGUUAACUUGAUAGUUUUCUUCACAGCACUGUUUUACCUCCUGAGUUCUAGUGGACAGGAGUACAAACCAGUUGAUCUCAUACGGAGCUUCAGCCCAGAUAGUGGCAGUAGGUUUGCUGUUGCACUUGAAGAUGCUGUCGCAAGUGUGUUCAAGGCAUCAUUCAAAAUGGCACUUUUCCAUGGGUUAUGGACUUGGCUCAUCCAUAAUUUAUUUGAAGUCACAGUUGUGUAUAUACCAACUGUAAUAGCAACAAUAUUAGGAGCUGUACCUUUUCUGGGAACCUAUUGGGCAUCUAUACCAGCAAUUUUUGAUCUCUGGUUCAAUCAAGGACGCCAAAUCAGUGCAGUACUGAUGUUAGUGUGUGAAAUGUUGGUUACUAGUGUGGUUGAUUCAGCAAUAUAUCAGGAGAUAACAGGGACGGGGCACCCAUAUUUAACAGGUCUCUCAGUGGCAGGUGGAAUUUUUUUGAUGGGGGUGGAGGGUGCUAUUGUGGGACCCAUCCUGUUAUGUGGCGUGUUCCUUGCAAUUAAUAUGUCCAGUACACUAAUGAAUGAAGCGUCAAGUUCUGAUACCCGGAUUUCUGAACAUCUGUGCCACAUUACUGACAUUAGUUCAAUCAGUCAUAUCAGAAGCAAAACUCAGUGAUGCAGUAUACUUGCCACAUGUUGAAGUAGAAAACAGCAACCAAGAUGUACGGCCUAGGAGGACCCUCUGCUUCGUAGUGUCAGUGAACUGAUACUGCAUGAUUACAGUAACUGUAGAGAUACUCUGACAAAUUAUUUUUAAUUUGUGCAUAACGCUUUAUACAUCCAAGGAAAUGAAGAAUCGUUUCUGUGUUGUUUGCAGUACAUUUUUUGUGCUUUGAACACUAUCAGCAAAGUAACUUCUGCAAACUGCUGGCUGAACAGCUGGAGGUAACUGUUCUAAGUUAUGAAGCAUAAAUUAUUUUUGUAAAUGAUUGGAAUGAUUGCUAUAUCAGUAGUACACCUGUAACACUAUAAUACUACACAAAACUGUAAAUAUAUUCUUCUAUUGACAGGAAGAAUUAUAAUGUUUUUCUGUGCAAUGCAUAGUUUAAGAUAUUUAAUUUGCUGCGUAAUUGGGAUUUAUGUCAGUGCUGCAAGACUGUUUAUAAAUUCAGAAGAUUUGGUUUAACUUGAUGUCCAUCCCAAAAAUGAUAUUUUAUUUCCAAUGUGGAAUUAAUUGUGCAUGCAACGAAAGAAACAACUGGCAGUCAGAGCAAUUCAGAAAAGUAAAUGACCAAAUAUUUCAGUGUCACACUGUUUUCCCUCCUUUUCACUCUUAUCAUUUUAAUAAGAGGGAAUUGAUUGCAUGGACAGCAAGAUGUAACAAGGAACUUAAUUUGUGUCUACUUCAAUCAUUUAGCACCUCAAUAUUAAUAAACAUAUCUGUUGAAUGUAAAUGCAGCCUCAGUCCUACUGAUCACUACAGUCAUCCGUCGGAUUUCUCUACUGGAAAUUACUUAUAGUUUUAAAGUCUCUUCAUGGUACACAUCUUACAUUCUGUUGUGGCUUCUCAUUAACUAUAAUAACAUAGCUAUAUGUGUUUCAGAAUAUCUUAAGAGAGAUGAGAGAAUUGCAGUCCCAUACCUCUUGAAACCAUUUCCAUGGUAUGCAAGUAAUGAACAGUAGUUAGCAUGCUUUGUAACUGCUAGUUGUUCCAAAAAUGUCAUCCUUGUAUUAUAUUUUUAUUGGCAAGAAUUUACUGUACAUUUUAGGAAAUUAUGAAUUUAAUGUUUGUGACAUUAUUGGCGAUAUGCAUAUCAUCUGCUGUUUAAAAAUGUGCAUGAAAACUGCCAGAAGUAUCUGGUAAAAAUUAGUUUGGCAUAUUGAACUUAUCGGAGUUCUAAAUAUUUGUGCAGAGCUUAGUAUUCCGUCUUUCAGAUUUAUUACUUUAUUACAGCUAAUGGUGUGAUUGGCCAAAGUUAACCAUGUUAAGUAUAGAAUCAAAUCACUGGUAGAGGGGCCUGCAGUGUUUUUGGCAGUGUAGUCAUCAACAAAGAAUGAUUAGAGCAACAAUCCAUGAGCUUUGGGGCAGUUUAUAUAAGUUCUGGUUUAUGUGCAUAAUAUGAGGGUAACUGAAUCUAUCAUCUACCAGUGUAAAAAAAGGAAAGGGAGCACAUAUAUGUAUUAUACACCUUAAAAAUGUUUAGUUUGAUUUUCUGAUUAAAGAAAAGAAGGUUUUUGUAGUCCUGGAAUGUAAAUGUAAUCUGAAAAUAUUUUAUUAAUUUAAAGCUUUUGGUAGAUUCCACUUUGGACUUUUUGUGGACAUUCUAAAAUAAUUGCUUGACUGCUUCAUUGCUAAUACCUAAGCAUUUUCCCCAGAAAAAAUAUCAUUAUUGGAAACUGGGAAAGAAUCAAGAUUCUCAGCCAUGCUCUGUUACAAACCAUUGUGUUUAAACUAAUGCACUCUUAUAAAUGGAGUGUGAAACAUAAAAGAUUGAGUGAAAUACUGUAAAUUUGUUUGGAAAUAUGUUCUGCAAUUUCAAAUGCACAUUUUUGACUUAUAUGGUCUUACCAAAGUUAUUUUCAAUUGGCUUGAUGUGUUGGCUGUGACAGAAUGUAAUGACAAUUGUUGUGGAUAUACAAUUGCAUUUUUGAUAAAAAUGUUGUUACUGUAUUUUUAAAGUUGAAUAUGAAAUGUUUUAACUUCAUUUGUAAUUAGGAAGAACUGUUGAUAUUAGUUUCUAGGAAUGAUUUUGGCUUCACAAUGCUCACAUCUUAUUGUAUGUUUGUGUUGCUUUGUAAAGUUUGUUUCCUUCAUUUGGCAAAGAGUGAUGUUUUAAAAUGAGAAUAUUUAAGAACUGCCGUAAAUAUUGCUUUUAACCUAAAGGAUGUUUUAUUCUAAUAUGUACUUUCCAUGUUGUAGAUGAAUAAACUUUACAUAGUUUUUUAUUUUGUAAAAGUUUUAAUAACUAAAUAAUGUGGCUGUGUCUUUUUUUACGUGUUCCUCGUUUAUUUCUGUGAAUUUGCUGAUGUAGAAAAUUAUUGUAGUUUUAAAAUAAAAUUGAAAUAAAUUGUGUGUUAUAAUUAU